AUGGCUUCUCAACCUAACUCACCAGUCAGCAUGGCCGCCAUGUCUAAGCUAGAUGCAGACCCAGUUGAUGGGUCUCAUCAUCAUCCUAGCACAACAGCUCUCCAGCCUAGUAUGGCGAUGGAAGACUCUAGUAAUGGGUUAACUACAGAACCUCAAAGUGAGCCCGUGAUGAAAGUUGCUACCGCAGCCCAAGAGACCUUAAAGGUUGACAAUGCUGCUGCUGCAUCUGUCGCUGCUGCUCCUUCUCAACCAAAUAUCAAUGACAACAAGCCCGGCGAGUCGUCUAUCAUUACGAAUCUUACGAUACACCCGAAGAAGCCGGCUGAGGAAACCUCAACUACACUUCAGAAGGCAGCAAAGCGCCAACGAACCCUGUCGUCUAUCCUAUCAACCCCCUCGCGAUCGACUAAAGCAGUCUGCCAUAGCCAUAGUAGUUUUACCAUUCAGGUUUCUACUUUAUGUCCAGGGGAGCAAGGAGAAGGAACCGUCACAGCCCCAAAGAGACCCCGGAGCCCUUCCACGUCACCUCCGACCAGUCCUCGUGUUCUCAAUACCAUUUCUAUAGACUUCCACCUCCCUCCGCACCAUCCCCCAUCCUCCAGUACCCCAUUCCCCCCCGUACGCGUCGCAUACCAAUUCCACGCCCCUUCCCCUCCACCCCGCACGCCCACGAAAACAAGCCGCGCUUCUUCUUCUUCUUCCCCAGCCGUAGACGCCCUGAGACCACGGAUCAAGCGUCUUAACAUCCAGGGCCACGCUAACGACUCCGCCCUAAGAUCUCCUGCCAAAACCCCGCCGAGCAGACGGAGUCGGAGUCGGGAAUCCCUGCGCCGCCACGCUUUUACGCACCGGGAGCCCCCGCGGUCUGUGCCGGGUAUGUAUACUACUACUACCUCGUAUAGGUCGCCGCGGCUGUCGGGCCGAAAAACCACUGCGUCCCGACGCGUGACGCCGCCGCGGACGCGGAGUACUUUGCGCGAGAGGCGUGUUCCGCGGUUUGUGUCGCAUACGCACACGUAUACGCCGCCCCGGCGUAUAUCUAGGUCUGGAUCUAGGUUCCCGGUUGUUAGGCGGAUUAGUCCGUAUCCCAUGCGAGCGCCUGCAGAGCGGCCGGCUGUUGGAGAGAGGGGUGUUAAUGCUGGUGCUCGUCACGAUGGCGACGAUGUUUUCGCUGAUAAGGCUUGUCGACGUGAUAUCGGUGGCGAUAGAUAGAUAUGACCCGUGAGAUUCUUAUGUACUGAUAUUGUGGUGGUAUUGGGGCGA